AUGCCUCUUCUUGGUGAAGAUCUGGUUGAUUAUCAAGAUAAUCAAAUCAACAAAACAAAUGAAGAUAUAGUAUUGGAGUAUCCAAUGCCAUCAAGAUGUAAUGAUUCUUUGUUUCUCCAUAUUACGUUGCAUUUGUGCGGUCAAGUAAAAAUACUAAAAGCCGAUUUCUUCAACUUUGUUGUCUCAAGUCCGCAAGUCUAUGAUCGUUUCAAUGAUCUAAUUAGGAGGCAUAACUAUCUAAUGGAAUUAGCCAAGGAACUGACCGAAACGAUCAGUAUAGUUUUGCUAACGCAGUUAUUUAUUAGCAGCAUUCUGUUGUGUAUAAUGGGUUUUCAAUUUAUCUUAGCAUUAAAAGCACACAACGUUGUUGUUAUAGGAAAAAGCGCUUUGGUAUUGUGUACCUCCUUAACGCAGUUGUCCAUAUAUAGUUUUGUCGGCGAUCACUUGAAGUCUCAAAUGGAAGAAAUUGGAUUUUUUAUUUAUCAAAGCAAUUGGUACAAUUUUCCUACGAAAUUGGCGAGAAAUUUAAUCUUCAUCAUUAUGAGAACACGAUCUCCCGCCAAGCUGCUGGCUGGAAAUUUCAUUGUGGUAAAUCUGGCAACAUAUAUGAUGAUCUUGCCUUCCAUGGAGUUUCACAUGGGCUGUACUAACACAGAGCAAAAUAUAGAUGGUCUCAUGUUAGCCUGUUGCGGUGUACUCGGAGUGUUCAAGACUAUAUGUUUCCGUAUUUACGCGAAAAACUUAACUGACAAUUACAGUUCUGCCCGGAAUGAUUAUUUGACAAUUAAAAACAUAGAGUAUCGUGCCAUCAUGCGAAAACACGCUUUUAUGGGAAGAAUUCUCUCCUGUUUCAUGGUGUGUUUUUCUUACAUUAGUGUAACAAUAUAUUCGCUAAUACCUCUUCUUGGUGAAAAUCUGGUUGAUGAUCAAGAUGUCCAGAUCAACAGAACAAAUGAAGACAUAGUAUUGGACUAUCCAAUGCCAUCAAGAUGCGCGUUAGAAUAUUUGCAUGUCCCAAGAAGCAUGCAUGAAUUUAUCUGUAUCUUCGAGUUUAUUGUGCUAGUACUUACGUGUACCUGUAAUCACGGUAAUGAUUCUUUGUUUCUCAAUAUUACAUUGCAUAUGUGCGGCCAAGUAAAAAUUCUAAAAGCCAAUUUCGUCAACUUUGUUGUCUCAAGUCCGCAAGUAUAUGAUCGUUUCAAUGAUCUAAUUCGAAGGCAUAACUAUCUGAUAGAAUUAGCCAAGGAAUUGACCGAAUCGAUCAGUAUAGUUUUGCUAACGCAGUUAUUUAUUAGCAGCAUUCUGUUGUGUAUAAUGGGUUUUCAGUUUAUCUUAGCAUUAAAAACACAUAAUGUUGUUGUUAUGGGGAAAAGCGCUAUGGUAUUAUGUACCUUCUUAACGCAGUUGUCCAUAUAUAGUUUUAUCGGCGAUCACUUGAAGUCUCAAAUGGAAGAAAUUGGAUUUUUCAUUUAUCAGAGCAAUUGGUUGGUCAGUGCGGAAGGACUAGAUGCAUAUAGACGCAAUAAUUUGCUUCGGGGCAAAAGUAAGCCAUCGACCCGAACAAUAUCCGGUCACGCAGGACUACAAUUUUUCUUUUUGGGGUCGAAACCAACUAAUACAUCGCCGAACAUGAAGACAAAUUGGAACAGUGGUAUAGAUUAUGGUUUCUCUACGAUAAAAUCUAUGAUGUGGAUACUUGGUUUAUGGCCUUUGCAGCAGGAUAAUGUAGUUUACACGAUUCAAUGGUUCAUAAUAUUUAUAACAGGGUCUCUCACAAUGAUCAACGUGCUGAUAGAAUCUUUCAAGAGCUGUGAUGCUGUUAGAGACGGUUUGGAUAUUCUUCGUCUAAUAGAAAGCUGCAUGCAUGCGUGGUCAAACAUUGUUUUUCCACGAAUUUACAUGAAAAAGAUUGCCAUUAAUGUCAAUUCUGCGAUCGACGACUGGUCGUCUCCGUCUAUGAAAAAAGAGUCGCGCAUGAUGAUGAUGGGAUAUGCACGUGCAGGACGUCUAAUCGCCCUGACUCAAUUAAUCGCUGGAGCAACAGCAGGCGCCUUAUGGUUCAUAUCCGUCUUCCUCAGCAAUAAACAAGAGGCUGCAAUUAUAGAUAAUGAUACUGUAGCUACGUGGAAUUUUGUCAUUCCAUCAACGUGUCUGUACAAAGGGGUUUCGUAUUCCACGUACAAAAUAUUAUUUAUGAUGCAAGUAGUACAAGGAUCUUUGAUAUUGAUAUCAGAAUGUGCUUGCGACAGUUUUUUCUUCGGCAUCACUAUGCAUCUUUGUGGUCAACUAGAACUUUUGGGGAUAGAAUUUACGGAGAUUAACAAGAAACAUUACGACAAAAAGCGUCAUAGAAAUGUUUUAGGGCCAUUAGUCAGAAGACAUUGCCAGUUGAUAGCACUGACCAGGAAUAUUGAAGACACUUUUAAUAUCAACAUUUUACUACGAUUUUUAAUAAUUAGCGUAGUUAUUGCAUCCUCAGGAGUAGGGAUUCUCCUAUCAAUUAAGCAACAAGAUUACAAGGAAAUGAUAAAAAUGUUCAUGUCCAUCCAAUUUUAUAUGGUACAAACCUUUUUGUAUACGUAUGCCGGCGAUACUUUGAAGAAUCGAAGCGAGUCAAUUGUCUACGCUAUAUACAGCACUGCAUGGGACGAAAUGUCACCUGUCAUGGUGAAAGAUCUGAUAUUCAUUAUGAUGAGAAUGAAGACUCCUCUUCGAAUUAUGCAUCUCUCCUUGACUACCAUAAUGUCAUCGAAUGACGAUAUAGCGUACGCUAUGACCCUCGUCAAACACUUAACUGUACCCAUAGGUGCUUGGCCCUUGCAAGAAUACAAUAAGUUCGCUUUAUUGCGUCAUAUCUUGUCUAGUUUUGGGUUGAGUGUGGUGGUAAUCGUACAGUAUCUCGAACUCUAUUACAAUUGCACAAGCGCAACCGCGAAUCUUGACGCUCUCACGAUUUUUACAUGCGGUAUUCUUGCUUUAACAAAAAUAACAUGGUUUCGUAUAUAUGCUGAUAAUCUGAUUUGCAAUUACUCUUCUGCUAUGAACGAUUAUGUUACAAUCGACACCGAGAAGAAACGCAUCAUUAUGCGAAAUCAUGCUUUUUGGGGAAGGAUAAUCUGCAUUAUCGCCUUAUUGAUCUCUUAUGUCGAUUCGGUAAUCUUCAUCGUGGGACAUGCAAAACUAAGCAGUGAGGAAGCCAAAAUUAAUAUAACUAUUCUGGGCCAUCAAGCAGGAUAUGCUAUUCCGUCAACAUGCAAUGAUAUACUUCUUCUUGGAAUUAUUCUUCAUAUUUGCGGGCAAAUGGAACUUUUAAAAAUCGAAUUUACCAAUUAUAAUGGAGAAAAUAAAGACAUGAAAGAGUUUGAAGCAUUGGCAUCUAGACAUUGUUAUUUAAUGGAGCAUGCGGAACUUCUGAUAGAUGUAAUAAGCUUCGUUUUGCUCGUGCAAUUGCUGUUCAGUUGUCUUAUUAUUUGUUUGGUCGGUUUCCAAUUAAUUUUGGCAUUGAAAUUACAUGACGCAGUGAUAAUAACAAAAACCACAUCAGUGCUGAGCGCUCUAUUGUUACAAUUAUUCUCUUAUAGUUUUGUGGGCGAUUAUCUGAAACGUCAAAUGGAAGAUAUCGCGCACUCGAUCUACUGCUGUAAUUGGUACUACUUUCCAUUGAAAUUAAUGAGGAAUGUCUUAUUUGUCAUAAUGAGAUCGCAGCAACCUGUUCAACUGCUAGCGGGCAGAUUUGUCGUCGUAACCAUUGAAACUUAUAUGUCCAUAUUAAAAAGUUCCUUCUCAUACUUGUCUGUCCUACGAACCGGGAUGAUGAUCAUGUUGUUCCUCGAAAUCAUUUUCGGUAGCAGCGAUGCAUAUGUAAAACUCGAUGCUCUUAUGCUUAUGUUCUGCAACGUUCUCUCUGUACUGAAGCUAUUGUCAUUCCGCAUAUAUGCCAAUAAUAUGAUUCGCAAUUUCACUUCUGCUAUAAAUGAUUAUCUCGCGAUCGACAACAAUAAGAAGCAUGCGAUCAUGCGACAACACGCAUUCAUAGGAAGAAUGAUUAGCUACAGUAUCUUAUUUUUCGCUUAUUUGGCUUCAACAAUUUUCUGUUUAGUGCCUAUAAUAGUUGACAAUGGAGAAAACAUUCAAGUUAAUGCAUCUAUCAAAAAUCAAGCAUCAGAUUUACCCAUACCCUUAACAUGGUCGUUAGGAAGCUAUCAUCUCUCUGCGAAUUUAUUCUUCGUGAUAUCUAUAGUGCAAUAUUUUCUAUUGGUGCUCAAUAGCAAUUGCAAUUGUGGCAGUGAUUCACUUUUCCUCGCUAUCACUACACAUCUUUGUGGGCAAAUGGAAAUCCUAAAAAUGGAAUUUGUCAAUUAUGGCGUGGAAAGCAAGAACAUAUUUGAAGAUUUUUCAAAAUUGGCAUCAAGACAUCAUUAUUUAAUGGAGCAUGCGGAACUUCUCGUCGAACUCUACAUGACUAAGAUAAUGUCAUGGAAUGACGAUGUGGCCUACGCUAUGACUCCAUUCAAACUCUUAACUCUACCAUUAGGCGUCUGGCCAUUGCAAAAAUAUAACACAUUUUCUUUAGUUCGUUCUAUCGUGUGCGGCUUCAGUAUGACCGUGAUGAUGAUCAUGUUGUUCCUCGAAAUCAUUUUCGGUAGCAGUGAUGCAUAUGUAAAACUUGAUGAUCUAAUGCUUAUAUCCUGCAAUGUUCUCUGUGUACUAAAGCUAUUGUCAUUCCGCUUAUAUGCUGACAAUCUGAUUCGCAAUUACUCUUCUGCUAUGAACGAUUAUUCUACAAUUGACACCGAGGAGAAACGCACAAUCAUGCGGCAGCACGCAUUUAUGGGAAGAAUGAUUUGCUACAGUACUAUAUUUUUUACUUACUUCGCUUCAUCAAUUUUUACGCUGGCACCUAUGAUAACAGGCGAUGAGAAUGUCCACGUUAAUGUAUCCAUUAAAAAUCAAGCGGCAAAAUUACCAGUGCCAAUAACAUUUUUAGGGGAUUUACAAAUUCCUUCGAGUUUAUAUUUCAUAAUCUCUUCGGUGCAAUAUUUUAUACUCCUGCUUACUGGUACCAGCAAUUGUGGUUUUCAAUUUAUCUUGGCAUUAAAAUCGCAUGAUAUAGUAAUGAUAACUAAAACUAUUUCAGUGCUGAGUGGUCUACUGUUACAGUUAUUCUUUUACAGUUUUGUGGGCGAUUAUAUGAAAUGUCAAGUUGAACAAAUCGCUCACUCAAUUUACAGUUCCAACUGGUAUUACUUGCCAACUAAAUUGAUGAGGAACAUUUUGUUAGUAAUCAUGCGAUCACAACAACCUGUUCAAUUGCUAGCUGGUAGAUUUUUUGUUCUAAAUAUUAAAACUUACAUGACAAUAUUGAAAAGCUCGCUUUCAUACUUAUCCAUCCUACGAGUGAUGGUGGAAACUUAG